AUGGUGUGCACGGACCGCGCCUUGACUUUCACCUUCGUCAUUGGCGAGUCGACACCGGGCGGACGUGAUUCGGGACGUUACGUGGCGGCCUUGACUUUAACCCUCGGCGUAACGCGCUCGGCGUUCGAUCACACCGGUUUACCAGAGGCGUACUCGUCGGCGUCAGACUCUGCUCUACUCUUCACAGGUAUGGCUGGCGCGGCGACCUUGUCAUCGUUAGAGCCGCAGUCAAUUGCAUCACGCGGUGAU